AUGAACUAAAAUAGACUUACAUAUGAUAUAUAAAGAAGAAAAGAGAGAAUGACAAAUUACUUUAUGGAAUAAUAGCAAUUUCAGGAUUUCACGAAACCUGAAAACCCAGUCAAAAUUUUAAAUCCAAAUAAGGCUCCUUAGCAAUUAGAAUCGCCUUUGGUCAAUUAAGUCAAAUUUUAUUUUUAAAGCCGAGUCAACAGAUUAGAAUUUACAUAAUUAUUCGAAGGAAGAGAAUCAUUCACAUAAAUGUUUGUGACUAUCCUCUCGACUACUCUCUUAAUUCUGGUUGUUGGGUUUGCCGCAUAUUAUUUAAAUUAUAUAGGCAAAACCUUUAUAUGCUUAGUAAUGCUCGUGAAUGGAUUUCAUGUGUUGGGAUUGCAUGUGUUUUAUUUUUCAAAAAACUCCGAUAAAGCCUUGGCAUACUUCUUCAUCGUCCUAAUACUGUAAUUCCUUCUCUGCAAUCAACUUUGGGGAGGAGGUUUACUCAACAACAUCUUCACCACAUGUUACGUCGUGUAUAAUGGAUACAAAUUUAUAAGACAAUUGCCAGUCUCCCCUCCCAGCUACGAUAAACUAUUACAUACAUCGACCCAAUUCUUUUUCUAUGCUUUGAUGGUUUCACUGAAACCAACCACGAUCAGUAAAAGAAUCAUCAAUUUCCUCUUCUUUUUGAUACCUGUGUACAUAUUCAUUUUUUUGAUUGACUUUUUUUAUUAGCAGUAAAGAAUUACAACAAGAAAAAUCCUUUUGGCUGGCCUUUUGGAUUUGAUACUAUAAUUCUCAGAGGGGAUGAUCAUAAUUUAUAAGAAAUACUAUGUUUUCAAUCUAUCCAGAAAAGCUGAUCAAUUGCCCCUCUUUAUCUAUCCAUUGUGUCUACAAAACAAUCAAUAACAAGAGAUCGCAUCAAUCAAUUAUGUUAAUUCCAUUAAUAAUGAUGAUAAAGUGUUCAAUCUAAAAAUGCUCUUCAGAUUAGAGGGAUGUCAACCUCCAACAAUCGCUGAUAUUAUGCAAUCCUAUUAUUACGAAAAAUUAAAAUAAUACGUCCAAGAAAUUCAGACCAACUUUUCAUAAAUUUCCAAGUUGUUGAAUGAGAAAAACAAAGUGAGAACACUCUUUGAAGACAUAACACUACCCUUUACAUUCAUCAAAUACUAUUACAUGACUUACAGAAUUAAAAGGUAAUAACGAUAACUUAUUAAAUUGUAUUACUUCAUUUUUAAAUCCUUUGAUUCAUUUUAGAAGGAAAGUCAAUACGAGGUUGAGUGUUUGAGAUUCAAUGUUCAAUUAAUAUCCACAAUUCAAUAGAACUAAUUUGAGGAACCUAAAAUUUUAAAUAUUUGCAAAAAAUUAGCCAAAAUUUCAGAAAGACAUAUGAAACAUGAGAUAUUUUAAUUAUUAUUAUCAUGA